ACAGUACGUUGGCAGCCUGUAGUAAGACGCUAUAGUCAGUUUCAAGGGCAAUAAUUCGUGGGCACAAAUGACUUUCAAGGAGAGCUAUCUUGCAACAUACAACGGAGUUCAGCUGAUGGGAUGGGCAUACAUACUGUCGUUAUACAUUUCUGAGUCAAUCUUUAGGAAUAACUGGCUUAAUCCUAGUGCCCAAGUAGAUGUCCUGCUUCGUCUUUUUCAGUCACUAGCUAUCGCUGAGGUUAUCCAUGCGUCUAUAGGAUUGGUUAGAUCUUCUGUCAUCACAACUUUGAUACAGAUAUCUUCUCGGUUGUUUAUUGUCUGGGGUAUCGUCUACCUCUUACCAGAGGUAACGCGAGAGAAUUUUGGCAUACCAUUAAUAAUUAUAUCAUGGUCCAUUGCUGAAAUGGUGCGGUACGCAUACUAUAUGGCAGAUAUUUGCGGUGCAAAGUUUCGUCUUUUAACAUGGUUAAGGUACUCAGCAUUUAUGGUUUUAUAUCCAACUGGGAUUUCCGGUGAAAUUCUAUUGGUAUUAGGUGGGAUAAAAAGUUUGAAAGAAAGUGGGAAAUACGCAAUUAAUCUUCCAAACGCCUUAAAUUGUUCCUUCAGUUAUUUAAUGGUUUUAGUAGUUGCACUCAUAAUCUACGUUCCAGGUUCUAAAAUCAUGUAUACACAUAUGUUGCGUCAAAGGAAGAAAAUAUUAUGGAAGAGGGACUAAUCAGCCAUUAGCAUUAUGAAUGUCGAACGAUCUGUGUUAUCAUCAUAUUGUUUUGCAUACAUAAAUAUAUUACUUGUAAUACUUACUAGCAUUCAUUGAAACUGCCAAUAUGCUAGAAACGACUAUUAUCAUAUUAUUAUUAUCAUAUCAAGUCACUCACACAACUUGAUAUGAUUAUGAGCAAUAGUUUAUGCUCGAAACGUCAUCAGUUAAUAUUAAUGUAUAACACUGUGUGAUUAAUCGAAAUAAAAUCUUAUC